UCCGGCCGCUCUCUCUUUUUUCCUGUGUUGUGUGAGUAUAUGAGUAUUAUUAGGUUAUAGAAGCUUGCUUUGCUUCUUUUCUUUUUCAUCUUCUUUUACCCCUUGAUGCGUUGUGCGAGUAUAUUAUGAGCUGUAUGCAUAUACAUAUGCCUUUGACUUCUUGAUCUCAAAUUCUCAAACAAAAGAGAACAAGGAAAGAAAAAAAAUAAAUAUAGCUUGUCUUUAUAUACUCUUCUUGUUAAUUUCUCUCUUCCUUGUUACAAUUCCUUAAAUUUGAUCGACAAUUGCCACUCUGGCUAACCCCUGGUGGAGCGGUAACUUGGGGCUACCGGGCAUGGACUCGGCAGCCACCAAUUCGGCCGCACUCAACAAGCAGCGCGAGCUCGAAAUCUCCAUCAACGAAAACAACAGCGGCAGAAGCAGCGGCGGAGAUGAAGACAGAGACCAAGAUGAGCCCAAAGAAGGAGCAGUCGAGAUUGGAUCCCGCAGGCCAAGAGGCCGCCCUCCGGGAUCCAAAAACAAGCCCAAACCCCCCAUCUUCGUCACCCGGGACAGCCCCAACUCCCUCCGCAGCCACGUCAUGGAGGUGGCUGGAGGCGCUGACGUGGCCGAGAGCGUGGCCCAGUUUGCGAGGCGGCGGCAGAGAGGAGUGUGUGUCCUCAGCGGGAGUGGCUCAGUGGCGAAUGUAACGCUCAGGCAACCUGCGGCUCCUGGAGCUGUUGUGGCACUACAAGGAAGGUUUGAGAUUUUGUCUCUGAGUGGUGCCUUCCUGCCCGGGCCCGCCCCACCCGGGUCGACGGGGCUGACGGUGUACUUGGCUGCCGGGAACGGGCAGGUGGUUGGGGGCAGUGUGGUGGGGUCACUUGUGGCAGCAGGGCCAGUGAUGGUGGUGGCAGCAACAUUUGCAAAUGCUACAUAUGAGAGACUGCCUCUUGAGGAAGAUGAAGAAGGUGGAGGAAGUGGAGGAGGAGGGCAUAACAAUGGGGGUUCAGGGAAUUCUCCAACUGCGGGAGGGAGCAGUGGGGCCCAGUUGGGGAGUGGAGGGCAUCAGCAUCAGCAGCAGCUGCCUGACCCUUCAUCUGGAGGGCUGCCUAAUAUUUACAGUCAUCAUCUCCCUCCAAAUCUGAUCCCAAAUGGUGGCCAUGGACAGCUUGGCCAUGAAGCCUAUGCUUGGGCAAGACCACCUUACUGAAACUUUGAGGACAAGAUCAAAAUUGAAGCCUGUGCUUCCAUUUUGUUGUAUUGAAAUAUAUAAAUCUUAGAAAUGAGUUAGAGAGAGAGAAAGCAAGAGAGGGAGGGAUGUGAAUUAAGAACACUAGAAGAGAGAAA